CCCCCGCCGGGCUGGAGCCUCCGCGCCGGGCGGGAGCGGCCCAGGAUUUUAUCUCAUACAGAUGUGAAGCUCCUGAACCAGAAACUCCUAUUUCCAAGGGCACCCAAGGAGAUGAGGUUUUUAGCCAGGCUGUCACAGGAACAGACACUCCUAACACGUGAAAGCUGGGAUCUGGGACACCCACGAGGGCUGCUUGGCUGAGGACAAGAAGAUCAGGACCCUCCCCGCCGGGGACGUCACCGAUGGACUGUGGACACAUAUCAGAGAGAAGCGAGGAGCUCUGCAGCCCCGGCGCAGAGCCCGAUUGCCGUGCCGGCAGCAAUUCCAGCGUGCCCUCGGCGGCCGGCCCCCCCCCCCCCCCCCCCCCCCCCCCCCCCGCCGCCGCCAACGCCGCCCGGGAGCGCAGCCGGGUGCAGACCCUGCGCCACGCCUUCCUGGAGCUGCAGAGAACGCUGCCCUCCGUGCCGCCCGACACCAAGCUCUCCAAGCUGGACGUGCUCCUCCUGGCCACCACCUACAUCGCGCACCUCACCCGCAGCCUUCAGGAUGAGGAGGAGGCACCGGGAGAGGGCUUGGGCACCCUCCGCGGGGAUGGAUACCUCCACCCUGUCAAGAAGUGGCCCAUGCGUUCCAGGUUGUACAUUGGAGCCACGGGACAAUUUCUGACUCACUCAGCACAAGGAGACAGCGCAAACCAUGGGGAAACAUCAACAUCUUCACAGAUCUAACCUCCCUCCUUGCUUUCAAAA